UCGAAAGCUUAGGGUUUGACCGUUUAAGUGAAACUGAAAGAAACAAAACUCGAAACCAGAAAGCUAGUACCUAGGAGUACCUGCAUAUUGUUUGUUAAUGAAUGAAAUGGCAGGGAGUUCUUCAUCACAGUCACAGGCUCCCAAAAUCCUACUAGCAAAGCCUCCCGGAUUGGUGACUUCUGGACCAGCGGUGUCUGCCGCUGCUGCUAAAUUUGGACGCGAAGACGAAACAGCGCCGCACCAUCACCAUCGGUCUCGUCUCCCUUCAAUUACCUCUCUCAAUCUCCUCUCCGAUUCUUGGGACUUCCACAUUGAUCGCUUUCUCCCUUUCCUGACGGAGAAUACAGAUUUUACAGUGGUUGGAAUAAUUGGGCCGCCUGGGGUUGGCAAGUCCACAAUCUUGAAUGAGCUUUAUGGCUUUGAUGGAACCUCGCCAGGGAUGCUUCCGCCGUUUACUGUGCAGUCUGAAGAUAACCGAGCAAUGGCAAGGCAUUGUUCUGUGGGAAUUGAACCCAGGAUAUCUGCUGAGAGGCUUAUUCUUCUUGAUACCCAGCCUGUUUUUAGCCCUUCUGUUUUGGCAGAGAUGAUGAGACCUGAUGGCUCAUCCACAAUUUCAGUUUUAAGCGGUGAAAACCUUUCUACUGAGUUGGCUCAUGAACUUACAGCUAUUCAGCUUGGUGUUCUCCUAGCUUCCAUUUGUCAUGUCCUGCUGGUGGUAUCAGAUGGAGUUUAUGAUGAUAGUAUGCGGCACUUAAUGUUGACGGUUGACUUGCUGAAACAUGGCAUACCUGAUCCAUCUUCACUAAACUCUGCAUAUUUGCAGAGCUCUAAUGCGGGAACUGAAAAAGAAAACAAGGAUAAAGUCUCUGAGGCUGAAGAGUAUAUGGCUACUCCACUCUUUGUACAUACAAAGCUGCAAGAUAAAGAUUUUACUCCAUGUAAUUUUGUGGAACUGAGGAAGGAACUAGCACAAUAUUUCAGCUCCUCAUCAUUCAUCAAAGAAAAGGGUGGAAGCAUGGAAAAAGAGCAGAUCUCUUAUUCUGUGCCUUCAAACAGUCAUGAUAAUGAUCCAGAUUCAAAAUCUAUCAAUUUAUUUGUCAUUCCAUUAAAGGACAAAGAUGACUCUCUUAAAGCUCAGUACAAAAGUUACAUCUCUGCACUAUGGAAGUUGCGAGAUCAGGUUUUAUCAAUGAACGGCCUGUCCUUUGCUAGGACAGUCUCAGAACGUGACUGGUUGAAAAAUUCUGCCAAGAUCUGGGAAUUAGUUAAAGGCUCUGCAAUCAUUGCAGAGUAUGGCCAAGCACUUCAAGGUUCAGGGAUGUUUCGGAGGUAGGAGUUCAAGUUUUGUGCUAGAGAGCACAGGUUGACACCUGGAUUUGAACUGGGGAAAAAGGGUUUGCAGUCCCCCGCCUUACCACUUGGCAAUGUCGCCAAGAUUUGUCUUCGAUGCAAUAAGCCAGCCUGCUUGGCUUCGUGUCCUCAACCAGGAUUGUUUACAUGUAUGAUUCGUGCUGUAUUUUUGUUUGAAUUUCAAGGGCAUGUUUGUAAUGGUUGCGAGAGAAAUGAUUAUGUUACUGAUAAGUUGUAGAUCAGGUAAUCAAUCGUGCGCAGCAUUUCAUUGCCUUGCGACUUCUUGAGAGGCCUUGUUAUAUGGCAUGCAAAUACUGGCUAGAAAUGCUACCAUUCUGUCUUGGAAGGAUUU